UGUAAAUACACUCAGAUGAUUGUAUGUUUACUUGUCGGUUAGUGUUCCUUGUUGUUUCUUUGGUUGUAGGUUGUUUUUAUUAGUGUUCUGUCUGGAAUAUUAUCGAAAAAAAAGUCAUUCAAAAUCAGCGAUGGUGUCACGAAUCUUGAACAAUUUCAUAGGACGAAGACAGGAAUUCAAAGAAUUGUCAAUGCCCGACCAACAUACAGCUUUGACCAGAAAGAAAGGUUACGUAGACAAGAAACUAGGAGAUAUGAUAAAGGUUAAAACCGACGACGAAACUGUCAAUUUUUUGUUGAAAGAUGUUCAAGCUACAUUUACACCUCGAAAAUUUGAUCGAAUUGAGUUGUACUGUGACCCCGAUGACAAUUCCGAUGAAAUUACCGUUCGACGAAUCGAAGUCCCAGAUGAAUCGAAGAAGCAGAUACAUGGUAAAGUGACAUCGGUAGAACUAGGAACAAUUGGAUUUAUCGAUCGCAAAUAUCUAUUCUACUGGGACGCGUUAGAUGAGAAUGCCGCUGAUAUCAAUGACAACGAUGAAGUAACUGCAAAUUGUGUUCAGUGUGAAAUAACCAUUGAAAAUACGUAUGAGUGGAGGUGCCUGAACGUUACCAGAGUUUAUCAACCAACUGUCAAUGUGCGCACUACUGUUCCAAACAAAGAAACCAUGAACAAGAAUGGAAUCGAAAUAACCGACAAUGUGGCUGUCGAGUUUAAUGACCUCAAUGAAACGAAAGACUUCCGAAUGGAAGUUAAAAAUACAUCUAACAACGAUUUCCAGAUACUACAAAGCCGAUUCAUUGGAAGAAAAAGUGAUUCACAACUUGAACUAAUUUCACCCAAUCGUCUGACAUCCUACAUGCUGAAGGCGGGCGAAAAGAAGGAUUAUGAAUUUACAGCAACGUCGAAACGGAUUGGACCGUAUACCGAACAUUUUAUAAUCAGUUUUGAUGGCAAAAUCACGGGAAAAUUCCAAAUUAGUCGAUACAUCAAAGUUACAGUGCAUGAUACAAAACGCCAGCAUCGAACAGCAGGAGAGGGAGUCAAUGCUUGCACAAAUUUUGGUUAUACGAAUGAUGUUUUGACGAGAGAAGAGUCAUUCUGUCUGUCUGGUCGGCCGCCUAUUAGUGGACCGAAUUUUGUGGCCAUACGAUUUGACGAAUGGCGUAUACCAGUUAUUUUGCGCGACACCGCUCUGAAUUCAGCUUCAUCACGAAGUGCUAUUUUCGAUGCAUUGUCCACCGUUUGUUCGCAUCUGAAUAAUGUUUUGACUACGGAAAAUUACAGUCAGGUCUUUCACGAUUUACUGCAUCUGGAAGAGUGUGCUAUGGCGCAUAGUAUCCGCAUCUAUGAUAUGAAAUCUUACUUCACGAGGGAAGGAGAAUACUUAGCUUUAACUGUCCAAAAUGUAGCUGAAAGCAGACCGUCAAUUGUAAUAGGUGAUUAUGUUCGCGUAUCGGAUCCGUGGGCAAAGGAAAAGGACAAAAAAUUAGAUCAUCGCGGAGCGAUCCACGAAGUCAAACAAAAUCAGAUUUUGCUAAAGUUUGAUGACGUUUUUCACGAAAAGUACAACAAUGAAGACUACCAAAUCACAUUCCACUUUUCGCGAAAGUCGCUACAAAAACAACAUCACGCCAUAGAGAAGGCAAUGAAGAGAUCGCCACUGAGCUUAUUUCCCGAUGAAAUUAAAGAAAUCAAACAACAAUUUGACGUUGAAUUGGACUCAGAGAGUGGCGAACUACUAUCGGCGAAUACCAGCGUACCAUGGUUCAAUCCACAUCUGAAUAUUAUUCAGAAACAAGCCGUCGCCAAUAUUUUACGGGGAGUUGCUCGACCCAUGCCAUACAUUAUUUUUGGACCGCCCGGAACCGGUAAAACGAUGACAGUCAUCGAAACGAUUCUGCAAAUUGUGAAAAACAUACCAGACAGUCGGAUAUUAGUCGCUACUCCAUCAAACAGUGCGGCCAAUUUGAUAACGGAACGCAUCGUCGCAAGUGGUGUGCUGAGUCCGGAUCAAUUCAUGAGACUUGUGAGUCAUAACAACGUGACCAGAGGUUUAAUUCCACCAACUAUCCUCGGUCAUUGUGGAACUAUCCAUAUAGCAAGAGAUGGAACAUGUGGCGAGUAUAAAGUGAACGAAUCCGGACUACAAAUUAAUAGUUGUAAUACCACACGCUUAAUGAAAUAUCGCAUCUUGAUUGGAACGUGUAUCACUUUGGGAACGUUAAUGCAUUUAGAUAUUCCUGAUGAUUAUUUCACUCAUGUGAUCAUAGAUGAGAGUGGUCAAAGCAUGGAAACUGAAUCGAUAAUUCCUAUGAUCUUCGUGCACAAAUAUGUUGGACAGAUUAUACUCGCUGGCGAUCCACAGCAGCUAGGUCCGAUCGUUUUGAGUCCAUUUGCCAAGAAACUGGGUCUAGCUCGAUCGUUUUUGGUUCGGUUAUUGGAAAGCGAACUUUACAAGCCAGAUUCAACGAGAUCCGAGCAUCACUACGACCCUCGCCUUGUAACUAAAUUAGUCUACAACUAUCGAUCUAUUCCGAGCAUUUUGAACGUCUACAGCAACCUGUUUUAUGAUGAUAGUUUGAAAGCUAUGAUAAAUGACGUAGACAGUGAAGAUGCGAAAGUUUUGCAAAGCUUGACUAGAAUCUUGCCCAAUAAUAAAGCCAAUGGUAUCGUAUUCAUAGGAGUAAAUGGUAAAAAUAUGAAAUGCAUCGAUUCACCAUCGUGGUACAACAAGGAAGAGGCUGAAACUAUUAAGAAAUUUUUCGAAACACUGAUUAAGCUGGGCCAAAAACCGAGCGACAUUGGCAUCAUUACUCCGUACACACAACAAGUGAAGGCUAUUCGGAAGGAGCUCAUUCGAAACGAUGCAUCGGACGUGAAAGUCGGUACAGUAGAAGAGUUCCAGGGACAGGAACGUAGAGUUAUACUCUUAUCGACCGUUCGAACGGUGGAACACCAUUUAGCGCACGAUCUACGUCAUUCGCUGGGAUUCAUUCGUCAUCCGAAUCGGAUGAAUGUUGCUAUAUCGCGGGCUAGAUCGCUGUUGGUCGUUUUUGGCAGUCCAAAGUUGCUUUCUGUCGACGACAAUUGGCAAAAAUUGAUCGAACACUGCAAAAAUGUUGGAUCUUACGUUGAUGAGUAAUUCGGAUGAGUAAUAUUUGAGUUGAUUAUUGUUCAUUCUGCUUUCGAUUGAUUGAAAAUGUGUUUUAAAAAAAAAGAGAUUUGAAAUAUCAAAGUUUUUGUAAGUGCCUUCAUUGCCUCUGAGCAGUCGAUAAUUUUAGCUAGCCUUAAGUUUAAAGUUUCAAC